UCGAGUUUUUGACAGUAAUAGUUCCGAGAAACCCAUGACCUGUACCAGAUUUUUCACAGAAUAUUGGAGCUUGGGUUGGAAUUAGAUUUUUGCCCAUUAAUUCUUAAGGGGUAUUCUGUACAUCCUUUUGCCCGAUAGGCACUGCUAUCAGUAACUACCUAACUGAUCGUCUGCUAUGGACUCAACGGCUUCCACCACAAAGUGGUGGCGCUGGCCCAUCUACGUCGCUGCCGCCAUUGUCCUGGCCCUCAUCGCUAUCUCAUCAGCCCUCUCGACUGCGAAGGACGGGAGCUCACCAUCCGACCUUGGACCAAACCUCUCCCUAAAUGCCUCCAAGGUCCUCAGGCAGGCUGGGUUCAGUGGGAUGGCCACCCUCCUCUCGAUCUCACCCGAGUAUUACUCCUCCGCUUCCCUGAACAUUACGAUCUUCGCACUAACGGACUCGGCCUUAGCGAACGUCUCCCGCUCUCCCUGGGUCAUGAAAGAUUUUCUCCGUUACCACGCGUUGCCUCUUCGGCUCUCGAUGGUUGAUCUUGCGAAGGAGCCUGGGGGAACUUGCCUGCCUACUCUGUCUCCUGGAAAGAACCUUUUGAUCAAGAGGAGUGAAGCGAAAGGGAAUCAAGUUGUAAUAAACGAUGUUCCAGUGAAAAAUCCCGAUUUGUUUCUCGAGGAGAAAGUGGUGAUCCAUGGGAUUCAUGAGCCGUUCGCCUUUCUUGGUAUCCAAGGAAUGGGCCGGGACUGGGUUUUGAUGCCAUUGCCAUUAUGCAAUCCAAACCUCAAGGUUGUCUCUGAUGUUAGUGAAUCGAAGCAACAAAGGCAAGAAAAAGAAGAAGAAGCAGAGAGGGUCGGAUGGGCCCUAGCAAUUCGAUUCCUGAAGUCAUACGGAUUCAUCCCAUUUGCAGUUCAGCUGAAGUCCGUCGUCGAUCUUGACAGGACUCUUGAAUACGGCAAGGACUUGACCUCCUUUACAAUCUUCGCACCGCAGGAUUUCCAAUACAUGCCAUCAGAAACUCCAAUGCUCGAUAAUAUUGUGAGAGCCCACAUCUUGCCUGGGAAAUAUGAUUACUUGCAACUUCUUGCAUUAUCCGAUAGAGCAUCAUUGAAAACUCUUGUUCCUGGGCUAAAUCUAGAGGUUGACGUGAUAAAGAUUGGCAAUGCCAUUGCCGGAGUUGCUGUUAACGGAAUGGAGAUCACAGAUCCAGAAGCUUUCAUGUCCGAGAAGUUCAUAAUUCAUGGCAUUCCCCAAGCAUUCCAUGUGAAAGAGUUUCUUAAUACAUCAACAUGAGCAGGAUGACUAGCCCGGAAGCCCAGCCACGGCUGACUAAUACACAAAUGAAUUCACGUGCUUGGUGACUCAACCUCUGCAAGAAAAUCCAGGUUUCCAAUUUGGGCUGAAACGAGCUUGACCGUGUCUCGCAUCUCUUCUUGUACAGGCACAUAGGUAGAAAGCCGAGCCCUGCAAGCCCUUCCCUGUUGUUGUAACUUGCCGUGAUAUCAAUAAAAUUCAGUCGAUAUAUUUCAGAUCA